AGGCGAAUUAAUCAUGACGUCUUGUUCUUCCAUUUCGGUGGUUCACAAGGUAAUGGUUACAACAUGAUAGGUAAAGUUGUAUUGGUCUUAACAAUAUUUAGUCAAAGGUAAGACUUAACGGGCUGCUAUGACAGGCCGCGAAUGUUGACACGGCCCGCAGUCUAAAAACUAUUCUGUAUAUUUGUUCAUUAUACCAAGAAGCGUUGAUUCUAGGAUUAAAAGUUGCAACUAUAAACUCUAAAGUGCAUUAGAAUUAUAAACUACUGAUUGUUAAUAUCUUGAUUGUUGUCUACCUUUAUAGAGUAGAAUUGAACCUUAUAUUGACCGUAUGUUUUCUGGUAAUUCAGACUACACUCUUCUAUUAUAAAAAAGAAACAACGGAUAUUAAACACCUUUUUAAUUAAAUGACAAAAAUUAGGAUCAUAUCUUAAUAUUACGCUUGUAUACAAGCCUUAUUGUAAUAACCUGAAUCGCAGUUUACUCUAGUUUGACUGCUGCAUGAGGAUAGAAGUAAUUAACACAUAUCAACCAUACUUCUUCCCCAGAUUGGAACCAAUGUAGCAACUGAGAGCGAAGAAGAUAAGGCUUUGAAAGGUAAGGAUAUUUACAACUGAAGUAGAAUAUGCUGAAGUACUAACAACAACAACAAGCUUUAUCAUGCGAAAGAAAUUUUUCUUUCUUUUUAUCGGCCGAGAGCCCACCACGUGACCUGCAAAUAACUGCCUACAAAUAAUGGUCUGCUCAUGUGCAAUGCCGUCCAACAGUGUUUGGCUGCAAAUAAUAUUCUGCUCAUGCGUAAAGAAAACCGUGCUUUUCUCCUUCUUGCGAUUGCUCUUGCGUGAAAAAUGGCAGAUCUCUUCGCUUCCCAAGGAUAUUCAUUAAAAAAACAAACUCGGUGAUCGAAUGAUAAAACAAUUAUUGCACUCGGUUAUCGCAAAAUAUCAUCAAAUAUCAUCAAUUGAUCUUCUCGCCACAGACAAAUCACGAUAUUUUGGUCAACCUCGUCCAAUAAUUGUGAGUUAUUUGCAUGACCAUACAAAUGCAUACAGUAUUGCCAAAGCGAUUUAAGAGAAAAAAGAACCAAUAUUUCAUCACAGGACAAUUAAGACACUUUAUACUGUAACAAUUCGUUGCGACAAUCAAAGCAAACUGAAGUAUAUUUCAUGAAUUGUAUAUUGAUAAAGCAAUUAUAUGAGUUCAUCAGUCCGUUAUGGGUAACUGGGUAACAGCUGGAAUCAGAGUCUUGAUUCAAGUGUAAACUUAUCCUAAUCCGGGAAAGAGUGUCUAAAACGACCAAAAAGAAAGUAAACUAAUUAACUUGGCUUAGAUACACAAAGAGGGCAAUAUCCAUUAUCGCUAGUAGAAAAUGUAUCUACCAGGUUCUAUCAUAAGUUCCUCUCGUUAAGUCUAGGUAAUUAGGAGUGGUCUGAUCCUUUUAAAAGAUCUGUAAAAUUCUAGUUUUUGAGAAUGUUGAAGGUACUAUGGCAAAGUGAUAUAGACAAUGAAGUAAAACAGAAGACUACGUAAAUAUGCGCGAACAAUAACGCAAUUAUUGAAUUGCUAAGGUUUUGUCCCUUAGCAAGUACUACACUGAAACGAAUGGUGGAUUUGCGCGCAUUUUCUCAUUUUCCCUCAGUGUUGGUCCUGUUUUUCAUGGACAAAUCGUGUUAUUCCCUUGCUAACAAGCCUGUGAUCAUGAUUUACAUUUGAAAAACAAGAACGUUGGUAAUAACACAAGAUUUCCUCCAGCCUCGUUCCUAUUAAAUGGCCAGAUCAUUGAGACAACUGUAGAAUGGCCCUGAAUGAAUAUGUAAAGUUCUAAUUAUUUUCGAUUUGAUUAAUUUUUAGCCGCCGCACAGGCCCACAGUAAGAAGGGUAAUGAAGCAUUCAGUAGCAAAGAUUACACAAAUGCCAUCCACUUUUAUACUGAGGGAAUUAAGGAGAGAUGCAGAGAUACCGGCCUCCAGGCUCUACUGUACACCAACCGAGCAGCAGCAAACUUUAAUCUAGGUAAGGCUUUUGUUAUUUUAGCAAAAGAGUGUUGCUUUUUAUCUUCGAGUGUUGUGUUCUUUAAAAAAUCAUUCUUCUUUACUGUGAAGGUCAUUAAAUUGUGAACACCAGAAAUAUUUUUGGAAUGUCGUUGUGUUGCUCAGAAAGAGUCAAUCAAGCCGCACGCACUAACGUUAACAAGAUCACAAUAAUUGGGGUAGAUUGGGCUGCUGCUCCGUCGAACAGAAACAUAUUCACCUGGAUAGUUAAAAGAGCUUUAAAUGAAAUAUCAAACAAAAGUUAAAGUUAAUUUGCUUUACGAGUUUCAAGAAACUGCUGUAUAACAGUGUUUUAAAACACCAAAAGUUGACCUUGUCAUCGUAGAACAAUAUUAAUUUUCGGGCACUGUUAUGUUAUAUUUUUUGGGAUGAAGUGCAUUUGUGGAAAUCUCCCAGUUUAAAUAAUACCUAUAUUCUCCCUUUUCAAAAGGGUCAAUUGUUUUUUUAUAUUUCUGUUCACAUUGGUGGAACUGAUGCUGUCCAUUUUUUCUUGUUUCUAUCUGAAAUGACCACCCCCUCCCCUCAAAAGACAAAUUAAAUGUAGGACUAUUACAUUCACGCCAGAAUAUUGUUUUCGGUAUAACUCUGUUGGAAGUUGUGAAUACAUGAAAAUCAUAUAGCUAUAACUCUGUUUGUAAGUAUUUUUUUAAAUGACCUACCCUUUUUGCUGCAUAGAAGAGGCCACUCAUUUUUAGAUCGGUCUUUGCCACGGGCAGCGUAAUAAUUAGUUUGUGUUUUUAUGGCUUUCUCGCGUGCCCUGAUCUUUUAUCUGAUUGAUCAUAUACUCCAUUAACAUUCCUUUUGAUGCGCUUAGUGACUUGUUUCUCCAACGUCAAAACCUUGAAUCAGUAUGUAAUUCUUCAUUCUGUUCCUCGUUCAUUUGAUCGAGUACUCAUGAGGGGAACUUUACCAUCAAGACCUCGUGAUCAUUUUCUUUAUUCUGAUGAUAAUUACGUUUGAUUGCGCAGCAAUUCUAUUGGAGAAAUAAGAUGGAAAUUAGUCUGUCACGCAAUAUAGAACCCAAAUUCAAGAUUCAGGAAUAGACCAACAAAUCAAGUGAAAGAUAACUAACCGCUAAAAGCUGAGGGGAUAAACAACACAGGAAAUACACAAUAAGUCACGGGGUGUUACUUCUGAAACAUGUUAGGUUGAAAUUGAAUGUGAUAUGUCCAGGCCAGGCCUUUAGAUUUAUGCUGGCGAAACAAGGUUUUUCAUAACUUAUAGAAGAAAUGUAUUUUUUUCAAUCGUUCAGUUUCAUGAAGAGUAAUCGGUAAAACUAUACUGCAAUGACACAGUCGCCAAAAGGUUGUUGUAGUGAGUUUCAUUGGUAUUUACUGACUCUUUGAUGACUUUUGUCUUGCCUGCUUUGCCAAUUUGUAUUUGCAAUGGCCUUUUCUUACCUAUCUCGUUGGUUUAAGUUAUGGCUGACUUUUGGCAUCCUUUAUUUUUUCACAGGAAAUUUCAUCGACGCACUGAACGAUGCAAAGAUGGCCAUUGACAAACGACCAUUGUCACUGUCAGCAAUAUUGGCAGGUAAUUUAUGCCCUAGCGAUGAGGGGAAUAUUGGGUCUUGUGUCGAAAACCGCAAAACGAAAACGCAAUGAAAACCAGUGAAACCGAAAACUACGGCAUUUAAUUUGGUAGAAGAUGGAAAAUUUAAAAGUUAUAUUCUUGUUUCAAAAGAACAGACGAAAGUGUUUGUGAAGCUUAUCCAAACUUUUAGGAGAUUAUUUUCGAAUAAGCCAGCUAAGCAAAACCGAGAACGAAAAUCACUUACGAGAAUAAAAUAGACCAUUAUUUAUCAAAACUGUACGUCAAAAAUAAGGCCAAUGACAAGUAGACUCAAAGAGGAAAGAAUACAUAUUUCAAGAGCUUUGUGGAAGAAUAUUGUUAGGGGGGAAGGGGACUUAAAAGGUUUCAUAACCUCAUUUUAGACCGCAAGUGUUCAACGCUCAUUUAGGAACAGCAAAGGUAAAGUAAAUCCUUAACGAAUGAGAAAAAGAAGCAAUUACAUCGUAUGAGUGCAAAGAAAUAAUCUUGUAUCUUGUAAGGCCCGGGCCAAACGUCGUACUUAUGUCGCACCAAACUCAUUUCACAAUAAUUAGCACUAGAUAUACUCUGUCGGGUUGGAGUUGUGUAGGAUAAAUUCAGGAGUUUUGUUUCAAGAGUCGUGCUUGACUUCUUUAUAAUUCAUGGAUAAUUCUUGUAAUGUAUUCGCCAUCAGCCAUCAUCAGUGAUCAUGUUUUUUUUCAUCUUGGAUCCUCUGAUCUUACCCGAACGAAUUUCCUUCGACGUUUGAAUCAACUAUCAAGUUCCACCUGAAUUCUUCUCUUGAGUCUCAGUGAAUUAUAUACGGAAGUCAGGGCUUUUUUGCAAUUUUAUUAAGUUGAAUAUAUGUUAACACAUUUUCAGGAGCGAGUGCCUCUGCUAAGUUAUGCCAGUUUGAACAAGCGAUUGCGUGGUGCAAUGCAGGAAUAGAAGUAUCCUUUUGCGUUUCAUCUGUGUGGUUCCAAGAUAAUUCGUCUUAUUUAUUUACUAUGGGCAUAACUCUUUCGUUUUAGGUUGCACAACUAAAAUGCGUAGACAUUGCCCCACUCUUUCAUGAACACACUUCACAAUAAAAUCAUGACUUACAAGAAUUCCUUUAAGACGGAUGAAACUAUAGUGCUGAGAAGCUUUCAGUGAAUUUUUCCUUCAAUUAUUUGAUAACGUACCUCUAUAUAUUUUCCAUUAACGCUUAGUAAGAAAUAAUCUAAGAUUUUAAUCUUUGAAUUUGUACUUAUCUCUCGAUAUUCAGUAGACAAGUGUUAGAAUUUUGCUUAUAUUACUCCAGUUAAGUUUUUGUUCUGUGUCGUGUUAACAUGUUCCCCUGUCAUCACUAUUCAAUAAUCAUUAGUUUAAUGAUCAGGGUUACGAAACUGAGUGAAUCACGUUCCAUUUAGGGUCAUUAUACUAGGAAAAUUGACCUGAAACUUGAUUCACCCAGAUUCCUUACCUUAAUCACUAUACUUCAGAGUCAUUUGGCGUUCUGCAAAAUACCCCUGCCGGACGAAAAACGUCUUAAUUACAAUUUCAAACUAAAUUUACACCUUAACAGUUUCAAAAGAUUGACAAGGAGAACGCAAAGUUGCUAGAACUUGGUAAAUUGGUGGCAGAAUUCGCAGAAGGGGAAAACAACGUGCCAGGAACUACAGCCACAGGCAACGAGGUAUUCAGCUCUUUUUUUUCUUUAAACAAUCGAAAACUUCUAGCAUGGUUGCCACUGGUCAGAAAAUGGUCGGGGGAAAAAAUUCUUCAAGGUCAGGGAAAAGUCAGGAAAUUUCGCUUCCAGUCAUGGAAAAUUUAAGUCUUUGAAAGAAGUCAGAAAGAGUGGAGUUUUAAAAUUACGUAAUUCCUUUUCCUCACUGUUAUUGUUUUCUAACUUUAAAAAUUCUUUGUUUCAUUUUACGGACAUGAAUUUUGUUAUAUUGGUAGAAUAUUUUUCGGAAAAAUUGAACAAUAAGCUGAUGGUUAGUUUUGAGAAAAUCAAUCCUGUUUGCCACUUUAUACUAAGGAAUUCUCAAUUCAUAUAAACUGUUUGUGACUUGCUUAAAGCAUAAAUUAAUUUGGUUGAAAGGAUGACUGUGAGAGGUAGGUUUCCUCCGUUUUCAACAAUAAUUUUCUAAAAAUGUUAAUUCAGUUGGUCAGGGAAUUUAAGAAACUUCGGGCUCUGGUAACCAUGCAGGCUGGUUAUUCAUAAGUUGAACCUACUUAUUAGUUAACGUAAUAAAUAUUUAAUGCAUUAUGUUAAUUCAAAAUUAAGUAAUGUUAGUUAUAACACGAACAGCAGUGUUUUAUCACCAUAAAAAUUCGAGUGCCUGAAUAUUUACAGCGUUGUAUCGCGCUGCGCGUUUUGCAGACUUCGAAGGGAUUUUGAGUUUUUCUGUUCCGUCAAUCAUUUUAGUGAAGGCGGGGUUAAUGCAAAUCACAAUGUAACGCGCUGGCCCAGUUUGGCUGAGAAUGACUCUGUACUGCUCAAGAAUAGCGAAGGAAAUCGCGAUGGUGAUGUGGAUUGUUUGUCGAAGGAAGGAGGCGGACGUUGCUUUAUUCUUUCAAGUGACAAGAAUGAGAAAGAUCAUAAAAAUCUGCAAAGCAAACUUAACUAGUCGAUUAUUGCCCUAAACAGGACGAUCACAAAGCAACGAACCUUGAAACACGAAACAAACAAAACGGAUCGAAAUCACGAAUCACAAACCAUGAUCGUUUGAACUCGUGCAAGUAUAUAGGUGUUUCCUAAGAGGUCCGCUAAGAUGACUGACGGAACAGAAAAACCCAAAAUAUGCAAAACCCACAGCGCGAUACAACGAAUUUCGCUAUAAGAAGGGAUAAAACACGUGCUGUGCGUGUUUUGAAUAGCUUCAAAAACGUCCUCAGAGUAUUCAUUUAGAUAGGAUUGCCAAACAAUUUAUUGUUCAUUGAAAAAUGCAGGGAAAAAGCAGCCAAAUAUAAAAAUGUUAUGAUCAAACAAAGUUUUCGAAUACAUCGUGCAGCUGUUAAGUACACAGUUUUAAGCGUCUUCUUGCCUACAUGAUAAGGCUAUCCAGAUGUCAGAAAUUUUCACGGUUAAUAAACGCUCAUGAGGGAAAAUUACUCUAGGAGAGUGUCGCCUUUCAGUAUAUUUAAUUUAAGUGUUUUGCUCUACCCGCCUUGAUUGGUCCUGCUAUUUAACAAUUAUUCCACCAGUGCGCGUUGGAUAUGAGACGAGGCGCGCAGCGCCUCGUUGGCUAUAAUCAUCUCAUAUCCAACAACCACGAGUGGAAUAAUUGUUUUAUUUAAAAUGCUCACAAAGUAUCGAGAAUUCGACCCGACUUCCAACAACCGAUUUCCAGCUUUUUUUCAAUUUUGGGCAGACGCGUACAGUUACCGUAUUUGGAGAGCCUGCUAUAAUGGCUCAUAUACCUUCAUGGCUAAGCCAGUCAGAACUCUAGAAUUGCAUUAUCCAAUGAUUCAGUUUUUAAUAAUUGUGGUAAGAGCAGUUUUCAAGAUACUGAACUAAACUCUUUCAACUGCCACACGACAUAUUGGUCAGUAAUAAUACUUUGUACCUCGUUCUAGAAUAAGUUCUGACCGGUCGACGGUUAUUUGUUGUUGUUUUUUUUUGUUGUUGUUCGUCUUCAGGAUAUAUUUUCUUACUUUGUUUUCCUUUCAUUAAUUUGCAAAUUAUAGCAGGACUGAUUUACAUUAAAGUUCAUGCGUACAAAUUGUUACUCUGUAUAAAAUGUUCAUCCUAAUUAGCAUUCCAUUGUUUCAGCCAUUCAAUGCAGGUUUUAUUAUUGAUUGAAUUCGUGAAUUCAGUUAGACAAUGUGCCUACUGAAUAUUAAUGAGUUUUCGAAGAGCUCUUUACAAAUCUCCCCGGCAAGAUUCAGGAAACCUUUAUACAGUUUAAACUCCAAAUACGAUCACCUCCCAUAAGCAACCAACAAUUCAUCCACUAACAUAUUCCCUGUAAAUUCUAGUUGGAACCUCUAGUAAACAACCACCUCUCGUCAGCGACCGUGUUCACGAAACCCGCUUGCCAUUCAAUAAGCUCGCUAAGAUGGGUGCCCUUUUCGAAAAACCUGUUGACUGGUAGUAGCCAAAAAUCCAUGACCAUCGAACAGCAGUAUCGGAUUGUCUUUUGCUGCGUUCAAUUGCGUAUUAAUGGUACCAAUUGUUUUUCCUGUCGGAUAGGAUUUAAACAACUUGCUGUCCGAGUUGGAAUUGAGUGAAGCUAAAGAAGCCGGUGACGGGGAUGGAUCUAAAGGAAGUGCGUAUGACCACCUUGGCAGUCUGUAUCGCUCUCUCGGUGAUUUCCAAAAAGGAAUCGAGUUCCAUCAGCAAGCUCUUAAAAUUGCAAAAGAGACUGAAGACAAACGCGUGCAAAGAAGAGCGCUUGAAAACCUUGGUCUCGCCUAUCGCGCCCUGGGCCUAUUUCGAAAGGCAGUCAAGUUCCAUCAUCAAGCUCUCGUUGCCGCCAAAGGGAUUGGAAACAGAGAUUCCGUAUCAAGAGCGUAUAACAACCUUGGUGUCGCCUAUGUCCUUCUUGGUGAUUUCAAAAAGGCAAUCGACGCCCACAAGAAUGCUCUUAGAGUUGCAAGAGAGACUGGAAACAAGCAUUUAGAAGAACUGAUAUUGAUGAACCUUGGGAUUGAUUUCUAUUCAUCCCGCGAUUUCACCAAAGGAGAGGAGUACUUAAAAUCCACUCCAAAAUUGUUCGAGAAGAUAAAGGAUGCUAUUCGACUGGACGACGAAUGGGACGACGAGAUUCAGGCUCAAUACAAUAAAGCUGAUAGAUUCCUGUGGAGGUUUUAUCUACGACAAGGCAAGACCAUGGAGACGUUGUUAACAGCCGACAGGGAACGAACUCAAGCCCUGACGAAGCACAUGGCAGGACGAUAUUGUCUGGAUUUAAUACGAUUACCCGAAGAAAAGCACUUGGAAGGAAUCUCUAGGUUGUUUACCCGCACUCCAACUACUACAAUAUAUCUCACAGAAGCCGCCGAAUCUCUGAAUUUCUGGGUACUCCGGAAGGGCCAGCAAUGUUUGUUUUUACAAAAGAAGCUUAGUCAGACCCUGUUAUAUCUGACCGAUAGAGCAUACGAGCAGCUUGCUUUCACUAAAAAGCCACCUAUCGAGGACCGCUCCAUGGAUGGGCCUGAAGAAGACGCAGACCUCGAACAGUUAUACUCUAUAGAUCUCAAAUGGAAGCAAGUCCCCCAAGAUGCUCUAAAGGCAUUGUAUGACGCGGUCAUUACUCCGAUUUCACAUUUGAUAGAGGGAGAGGAGGUUGUCAUUGUUGGCGAUCGUUUAUCUCUCUUGAUUCCUUAUGCUGUCCUUGAAGACCAACAUUCCAGAUAUUUGUCUCAAACACUGAGGGUUCGACUGGCUCCAUCGCUGACCAGCUUGAGGCGGCCGGCAUAUCCAGAAGGGGACCGUAGACUGUCUAGUAUACUGCUUGUUGGUGACCCAUCGGUAAAAAACCUAUACUUCAAAGACAGAAGUUUUAACCAGCUUGCAGGUGCUGAGAAAGAAGUUGACGCCAUUGGAAGGCUCCUGAACGUCGAACCGCUCACUGGAAAGAACGCCACCAAAGAUCGAGUGUUGAGCAGGCUUCAGUCUGCAUCCUUGGUACACUUUGCUACUCACAGCCGUAAAGGAAACGGUGAAAUUUUCUUGACCCCAAAUCCUGCAAAAUUCAAACCUUUUUUGGAGACCUUUCUUUUGUCGACAGAAGAUGUGCUGAAAGUACGAAUGCAAGCGAAGCUUGUCGUCUUGAGCUACAGCAACAGUGCAAGAGGGAUGAGAACAAACGACCAAUGCGUGCUUGGUAUCGCACACGCCUUUUUAGCAGCCGGUGCACGUUGUGUUAUUGGGUCACUGUGGCCUAUUAACGACACUGUCACCGUGCAGUUAAUGACGCAGUUCUACGAAAACCUGGUAGAUGGGCAAAGUGCAAGCCUGGCCCUCAAUAACGCCAUGGCGAAGAUACGUGAGACGAACGACUACAGUGCCCCGAGAUUCUGGGCCCCGUUCGUGGUGAUGGGCGAAGACGUGACAGUGAGUUUUGCUUAGUGAAGGUGAGGAUACUACUUAAAGAUAAAGUAGAUUCUCUCGUGCUUAAAACAUUCAAUUUAAAAACCUUGAUCUCAAGAUUUGAAUGAAAACUAAAAUUUUUGAUGAUUAGAGACAAUAGAAACGAAAACUACUUAUUGUAUACAUCGGCGCUUGAGGUUUUGUUUCUCAUGGUCGAAAUCAAUAACCUGGUAGCCUGUGCAAACAAAAAAUACUUUUGUUUCCUUCAAUAACCUCAUAGGUUAACGGGCAUUUCCCCAGUUCAUAAACCACCCGGAUUCACCUCUUGUUUUUAAGUUAAUAUGGCACCUCUACUCGUCUAUUAAAAAUUACUUAUUAAACGUUUUCUUUAUUUUCUUUCAGGAAUGUGGCAGCCAAGUAAAAUGUAUGAUUUAGUUUUUAACAAACUUUUUGUGCCUAAAGAAAGGAGUUUAAGAUGGCGCGAUAGCAACGAAAGAGAGAACGGCAGAAAAAUAAAGCCUUUCUAGAAUUACGUUUUUUUAAGGUAAUUUGUCUGCCGCUGUCUGCAAACAAUCAAAGACGUGGCGGUUAAUUUUGCUUUCUCUUUAAUAUCUUCAAUUUUUUUUCCUCAAAACCCCACCAACGAAGAAGGCACUGCUUGAAUAAAUUGAAACGAUUCUAAAACGAUUAAAAAGAAGUUGAGUUUUUUUUUCUCUGUUGUUGUCAUCAUCUUAUCUUAAUCUCCUUACAAAUUUGUUUCUAAUUUUCUUAUUUAAAAAGGGCGUCGUGAAUCCGUUUCCACU